AUGGAAAUGGUGGAGGAAGUGGUCAUAGUUGGUGCAGGAAUUGCAGGGUUGGCAACCGCGGUGGCCUUGAGGAGAGUCGGGGUUCAAGCCAUGGUGCUUGAGAGAGCCGAUGGGCUACGAGCCACUGGCACAGCCCUAACCCUCCAUCCAAAUGCAUGGCUUGCUCUUGAUGCUCUCGGCGUUUCUCACAAGCUCACUUCCCUUUAUUCUCCUUUCAAAAAGGGUCGCAUGAUAAAUAUUGAUCUUGGAACUGAUCGGAGAUUCCCUUUGAAGGGAAUAGCAAAUGAAGAGCAUGGACCGCGAUCAGUGCAUCGGAAAACGCUAUUAAAUGCUUUGGUUGAUGAAUUACCAGCUGACACAAUUCGAUUUUGUUCAAAGCUGGCUGCAAUUCAAACAGAAGAACAAGAAGGAUGUGAUGGGGUGCACUCGGUGGUGGCACGGUUUCUAAGACUCGCAGAAGCAGUGAAGUCAGGGCGAUCAGCAGCCCGUGGGUUAGCUGUGUUUCCUGAAGGCCAUGGGCUGGAAUCUGAAGUACAACAGUUGAAAUAUGGACAAAAGAGGUGCAAUAUUAUUCUUUCAAAAAAUGUGAAUAAUCUCAGGAAGAUUAAUCGAGCUGAAAAGUUUGGAAAUCCAGAAUUGAUCCUGAGAGAAGUAACCGAGAACUACGCCAGGAACUUCCCUCAACAUUACCUCGAAAUCAUUAAGCAUUCUGAUCUUUCAACAGUGACAUGGGUUCCACUGAUGUUCAGAUAUCCCUGGAACGUUAUCCUCGGAAACAUUAGUAAAGGAAACGUAACGGUGGCUGGAGAUGCUAUGCACCCCAUGACACCUGAUUUCGGACAGGGUGGCUGCGCCGCCCUGGAAGACGCCGUUGUGUUAGGCCGAUACAUUGGUAACUCAAUCAUCGCCAAUGAGAGACUUCUGCCUGAGGAUAUUGCUCCUGCCUUAGCGGGAUAUGCUACGGAAAGAAGAUGGCGUGCAGCUUGGUUGAUUACAGGAUCCUACGCAUUCUGGUGGCUUCAACAAAGUGAACUGAAAUGGUGGAUGAAAUUCUUCAGAACUGCAAUUUUUGUUCUGAUUUCGAUUUUCUCUCUUUUUAAUUCAAACUAUAAUUGUGGGAAUCUGCCUAGUGGUUCUUGUGAUAAAUCAGGUGGUAACUCAAUGAAGAUAGAUUGA